AUGACGACCCAGCCGCCGCCCGCGCCGGCGCCGCCGCCGUCGGGCGCAAGGGCGGGGUCGGAGGUGCAGGGGCCGGAGGGGGAGCGCGGCGGCGCGCGGGGAGACGCCGGAGGCGGCGCCGCGGGCGCGGCGGGGGCGACCGAGGCGGCGGCGGCGGCGGCGCGGCGGCUACGGGAGUGGAUGGGCGCGGCGAGCGGGCAGCGGACGGCGUCUGCGACGCCAAAGGCGCCGGCGGACGACUUGGCGGCGCGGUUCUACGCGCCUGGGUUUUCCAGCGUGUACCGGCCGUCGGGGCGUGAGGGCGCGGUGCGGUUCGCGGCGCUGCUGUCGGCGGUGGCUGGGCUGGACCCUGAGCUGAGGGUGCGGUUCACGAGCCCCCACCCCAAAGACUUCAGUGAGGAGGUGCUGCAGGUGAUCGCGUCGACCCCGAAUGUGGCCAAGCACCUGCACAUGCCGGCACAGUCUGGCAGCACCUCGAUGCUGGAGCGCAUGCGCAGGGGUUACUCAAGAGAGGCGUACGACGCCCUGGUGGCGCGUGCCAGAGCGGCCGUUCCUGGCAUGGCCCUCUCAACUGACAUCAUCUGCGGGUUUUGUGGGGAAACCCCGGAGGAGCAUGCAGCGACGCUGGACCUGCUGCGGUCAACGCGCUACGACAACGCCUUCCUGUUCAGCUACAGCAGGCGCGACAAGACCCACGCGGCGCGGCACUAUGCUGACGACGUGCCCGAGGCGGUCAAGGCAGAGCGGCUUCAGGAGGCGUUUGAGGCGUUCCGGGAGGGCCAGCGCGCGCUGAUGUCAUUGGAGCCGGGGGCGCUGCACCUGGUGCUGGCAGAGGGCCCCGCCCGCAGCGGCGCCGGCAUGCUCGCCGGCCGCAGCUGCACCAACAAGCGGGUGGUGUUCCGGGAAGGGCCCGUGCCCCUGAGCCUGUCAGACCUGCGGCGCCACGCGGCGUUCAACACGCUCCCCCUCUUGGCCGCCCUGGACGAUGACGGCUGCGGCGGCAGCAGCAGCAGCAGCAGCAGCAGCAGCAGCAGCAGCAGCAGCAGCAGCAGCAGCAGCAGCAUCAGCAGCUGGUGGAGCAGCGGCGGCGGAGGCGGCGGUUGGGUGUACGGCGGGCCGACGUGCGAGGUGCGGCCCGGCGACUACGUGGCUUGCCUCGACCCCGUGGGCCCCUGCAUCGUCAGCCGGAGGCAGCUGCGGCAGUGGGGGCCAACCGCGCCCGGGCGGCGGCGCUUGCCGCCAGUGGCGUUCAAGGAGGGCGAGGACGGCGGCGAGCCGGCUGAGGCGCGGGUCAUCGUGAUUACGUCAGGCAAAGGAGGCGUAGGCAAGACGACAGCCACCGCCAACCUGGGCAUGUCCAUCGCGCGCCUGGGCUACAAGGUCGCGCUGCUCGACGCGGACAUCGGGCUGCGCAACCUGGACCUGCUGCUGGGCCUGGAGAACCGGGUGCUGUACACCGCCAUAGACAUCCUGGACGGAGAGUGCCGCCUCGACCAGGCGCUGAUCCGCGACAAGCGCUGGAAGAACCUCAGCCUGCUGUCGAUCAGCCGCAACAGGCAGCGGUGA